AUGAGGCGCUUCCUGAGCAGAAAGGGCCGCUUCUCCCUGCGCCAGAGCAAGUCUGGGACCCGGAGUGCCUCCAAAGAUUUCUGUAAUCCAAGCCUUUUCCAAAAUUCACCUUCUGUCCGUCCUCCAGACCUCGGCCUCCCAGCCACCAAUCAGAACUGGCCCGAGGCGUUUGGCUUCCGACUGGGUGGCACUGGGCCCAGCUACAUCCUGUCCGUGGUGGAGGCCAGUAGUGCCUACCUGGCUGGCCUGCAGCCCGGGGACCAGGUGGUGGACAUCGAGGGCCAGGAUGUGACCAACCUCAGCACACCAGCACUGGUCGCUCUGGCUCAGACACUCAAGACGGUGCCACCCAGCAUCGGAGUGGUGUCACGGAUUGAGCAAAUUGACGUCGCUCCCGGCCCGGAUGGCCGUUUUGGCUUCACCAUCGUUGGAGACAGCCCUCUGAUGGUGGAGGACUGCAUGCCCAACGGGCCGGCCGGUCGCAAUGGCGUCAAGGCCGGGGACUACGUCAUGGAGGUCAACGGCAUCCCAGUGAAGCAUCACGAAACAGCAGCAGCCAUGAUCAAAGCGGCUCAGGGGCGGCCUCUGCGGCUGGGCGUGCUCAGCAUGGCCCGGCGGCCGAAGCGGCUGAGCAGCAGCAUGCGGGUGUUGUCGCAGAGCGGGGACAGCAUCAGGGACGGCCGCGCCCACAAGGCCAUGGAGUUCAAUAAGAAAGUGGAGGAAGUGCUCGGGGAGGAGCCAGAUGUGAAGGAACAGCUGUUCGAGGUGCUCAAGCUGUACGCUGCUGAGCGGGAUGUGGACAGUCUGGCUGAGGCCCUGCCCGACAUCUUGAUCACAGAGGAGCAUCAACAGCUGAUCGACAGUGUCAGGAUCUUCAUUCCCAAGAAGCACCGGGAGCGUUUCGACGAGGUUGUUUCCCAGAGCCUGAUGAGCCGGCUCAAAGGGCGGAGCUUUAGUGACCCUAGCCGCAACCAGCUUCGCCGCAGCCGGAGUGAGGAUCACCCCGAACGCCUUCUGGUGUCCACCCGCGCCAGUUCAGUGCCACGCACCCACGCAGAGGAAGGCGUGGCCCCCCCCGCCCGCGGCAUGCGCAAGACCACCUCCCUCAUAGCUGGUCACUCCAGUGGCACCACCACCAACUGCAGGACAGUGAGGGUGUGUAAGGGUAACGCCAGUUUCGGCUUCACUCUAAGGGGCCAUGCUCCAGUGUGGAUUGACUCUGUCAUCCCUGGAAGCCCGGCAGACAAGGCCGGUCUGAAACCAGGAGACCGCAUCCUGUUUCUCAACGGACUGGACAUGAGGACGUCCUCCCAUGAGAAGGUGGUGUCCAUGCUCCAGGGCAGUGGCGCCAUGCCCACUCUGGUAGUGGAGGAUGGUCCGCCUACCUUCACCCUGGCAGAGCAGGACCUGGCGGGGGGCGGCGUUCCCACAGAGUGUGCCCGCUCCCCUGUGCUCAGCUCCCUGCAGUGGGUGGCAGAGAUUCUUCCACCCAGUAUCCGGGUUCAGGGCCGCACCUUCGGGCAGCAGCUGGAACACCUACUGACCGUCCAGGAGAAGUACACCAUCUGCAAGGCUCUGGAGAACUUCUUCCAGCACAGGAAUGUUGACACUCUGAUCGUGGAUGUGUUCCCGGUGCUGGAUACUCCAGCCAAACAGGUGAUCUGGCAGUUUGUUUACCAGCUGCUGACGUACGAGGAGCAGGAGCACUGCCAGAGCAAGAUCUCACGCUUUCUUGGAUUCAAAGCGCCAGUUCCACCACCACCGCCACCUCCACCUCCUGUGGAGCCCGAGGUUGCCUCCGAGCCCCAUCGACGUAGCAGCUCCAUGAGGGUGACGGGGACCACGUACAGGAGCAGUGGGAGGGGACGGAGCUCUGAUGACCUGGUCAUUGGCACACACAUGGGCAUGGGCCUGCGUGUAGAGACGGUGCUGGAGACGGGUAUGAGGUUGGCUCCAGGAGAGAGGCAGUCAGGAGAUGGGACCUCCCUCCCCGAGACUCCGAACAACCUCACCGAUCUGUCGGCAGUGUACGCUGAACUGGAGAACAUGUAUUCAAGCAAGAGGUCCAAGUCUCUGAAGAGUCGUCCUCCUCCCACCCCCGAGAGUUACCUGGAACUGGAGCCUCCCUCGCGCACAGCCUCCCCCACAAUACAUGCUAACACAGGGCUGACGAGCCAGACCAGUGGGGAAUCCAACCCCUACAUCAGCCUGGACAGUCCCCCUCCAUCCCCCCCAGAGCCCCCUGACUACCCGUCCACUCCCCCCGGCGUCCGCAGCAACAAGCGGCGUUACACCUUCUCCAAACCACCUCGCUCAGAAGACACGGAUCGCUUUCUGGACGCACUGAGCGAGCAGCUGGGGCAGAGGGUGGCCAUCAUCGAUGACUUUCUGACUCCGGAGAACGACUAUGAGGAGGAUGUUGUGCAGAUGGGCUUCCCUGAUGAGGAGGAUGAGGAUAAUGAUGAGGAGUUGGUGGUGGACGAAGAUGAAAAUGGAGGAUUUGUGGCUCCAGAGCUCAGCAGUCCGAGUGAUGUUCAAAGCAGCAGUGGAGAGGAGAAUGCCUCCUCCCUCACCUACUCCUCCUCCUCCGACCACAUCCCUCCACCCCCGAUGACCCCUCCGCCACCCCCUCCUGUUCAGUUCAAUGACCCGACUCUUCCACCUCCACCUCCACCUCCACCUCCACCUCCAGCACCUGCACAGACUCAGUCUCAGCCCCAGCAACAGCUUAGCUACACCCCUGAACAUUCUCCAAGAGCAUAUGUGCCCAUCCGCCGCAAAUCUGGGCCUCCUCCCCCACCCCCGCCCCGCAAUAAUCCACCCCGUAAACGGCACUCCUUACAUAAAGUGCUGCCCACAAGAGAGGACCUUCAGGUCCAUCAACAGAUUUACCAGAGCCACCACUCGAUGCCUAACCAGCCAACACAGCAGAAAGCUCACUCACCUCUGCCUUCCCAACAACUCCAUCAGUCCUUACCCCCACUCCCCUCUCCAGACUCCUCCCAUCCCCACGCUAACCAUCCGCUGUAUAUAAUGCGUCAAGCACAGCAGCAACAGGCCCACCAGAGUCAUCACCACCGACGUCUGUCCCGUUCAGCCCCACCUCCACACCAGGCAUCGCCCCAACCAACAGCCCACCCAAGCCAACAAGGUAAAUACGCUGAGGGCAUCUACCAAAGCCAUCAAGGCAUGAUACCCCAGGCCCACCAUUCCUCUGCGGAGGUGCUUCACCAGAUGCACCAAGCCCCAGCCCAUCACGCUUCUACCGAGAUGCUCCAUCAGUUGCAACAAUCCCAGGCCCACCAUUCAUCUGCUGAGGUGCUCCAGCAGAUACAACAAUCCCAUGCCCUCUUCUCGUCAUCGGAAAUGCUCCACCAAAUGCACAAGACCGAGGCCCAUCAUUCCUCAACAGAGGUUCUGCACCAAGGUCAUCAGAUGCAGCAAAUGCAGCCCCACCACUCCUCGACCGAAGUUCUCCAUCAAGCGCAUCAGAUGCAUCGGGCACAGCCACACCAUUCAUCUACUGAGCUGCUCCAUCAAAUGCACCAACCCCAAGCCCACCACUCCUCGACAGAGCUUCUCCAUCAAGCCCACCAGAUGCACCAAACCAAGCCCCACCACUCCUCUACAGAGCUUCUGCAUGAAGCCCAGCAGGAGCCUGCCUCCCUCCCUUUUCAGCUAAACCGGGACAGCCACUCCCAUCAGAGUCGGAAAAGUCUUAAAGGUCAUCAUCAGACCCAAGUGUCACCGCAAGGGAGACACCAAGAACAGCAGAUCCACCAAACCCAUCACCCCCAGCCCACCAAACCCUCUCCCCAAAGACCCCACUCUACCCAGCAGACCCACCACCACUCCAGCACACCUCAGAUCCACCACAUCCACCACAUGACCCCACUACCACCUCCGAAGGACUACCAACACCAGAUUCAUGUAAUCCACCCUCCCCAGCAACCCCACAGGCCUCAGCCUCUUCUUUCCACAUUUCAGCCGCUCCAGCCGCACCAGCCCAACCUCUCCUCUUUUCAGCCUCUGUCCAAACACCACCAAUCCCAGCACCAAGUCCAGCCCUCCCCCCAAGCCACCCGCUCGCAGUCCCAACCCUCACACCAUCUGCUGCAGCAGCAACACCAGCCCCAAACCCAGUCCCACCAUAAGCAAUCCCAUGGCCAGCCCCAGUCCCUCCCACACUCGUUGUCUGACCCUUCAGAGCAUCUGGAGCCCCCUCCGCCUCCACCCUUGCCCCCACCCUGCUCACCUCCACCCUUGCCCAGGCCUUCGCUCUCUAGGAUGGACUCCAACCACAUGAGUGUGAAGAGGUUACGCUGGGAGCAGGUGGAAGACUCCGAGGGGACUAUCUGGGGACAGUUGGGAGAAAAUUCUGACUAUGACAAACUGCAUGACAUGGUGAAGUAUCUGGAUCUGGAGCUGCACUUUGGGACACAGAAGAGCUCCUUGCCGGCACCGGAGCCGUCCCCGCCAGACAUUUUCAAAAAGAAAGAUGUGAUUGAAAUCCUCUCCCAUAAGAAGGCCUACAAUGCCUCCAUCCUGAUAGCCCACUUAAAGCUGUCUCCAGGGGAGCUGCGCCAGGUGCUGAUGAACAUGGUCACCGAUAGGCUGGAGCCGGCCCACCUCAAACAGCUACUGCUGUAUGCCCCUGAUGCAGAAGAGGUCAAACAGUAUGAAGGUUACACACAGGACCCCGGCAAGCUCAGUGAGCCAGACCAGUUCGUGUUGCAGUUGUUGUCAGUUCCAGAGUACAAGACCCGCCUGCAGUGCCUCCUCUUCAAGUGCUCUCUCCAGGAGAAGACGGAGGAGUUGAGGGGAGCGUACGACAGUCUCUAUCAGGCUUCCAUGGAGCUGAAGACGAGCAAGAAGCUCGCUAAGAUACUGGAGUUUGUGUUGGCGAUGGGGAACUACUUGAAUAACAGCCAGCCUAAAACUAACAAGACCACAGGCUUUAAGAUCAACUUCCUCACAGAGUUGAGCACAACUAAAACAGUGGACGGGAAGUCGACAUUUCUACAUAUUCUGGUCAAGUCGUUAUGUCACCACUUUCCUGACGUGUUAGAUUUUUCCAAAGAUUUAACUACGGUUCCUCUUGCAGUCAAAGUAAACCUGAGGACUAUCGCCUCCGACCUGAACGACCUUCAUGCAGCCAUCCAGGACAUUCGCUCAGCCUGCCAGAAGAUGCCUGCGGCUGCUGAGGACCGCUUCGCUGUCGUCAUGAGUAACUUUCUGGAAAACAGUCAUCCAGCAGUCCAGUCUCUGGAGUCCCUGCAACAGAGAGCUAUGGAGGAAUUCACCAAAACGGCCUCUUACUUUGGGGAAGACGGCAAUGCCACGAACACGGAGGCCUUCUUUGGUAUCUUUGCUGAGUUCAUGCACAAAUUUGAGAGAGCUCUCAGUGAUCAGCAAGCUGCAGAAAAUCAGAAGAGCCCCAGAAGUCCACGAAUGGCCUCCCCACUGGCCUGGUAACACACACACACGCACACGCACACACACUCU